AUGGAUUCCUUUGGUUUCGAUAACGUGAAAGCAGAGAAAGCUAAGGCGAUGAGGAGGUUCAAUCGGCUUCGAAGCUUAGCCAAGGCCUUCCGUUUCUUGGAAUUGCUGUCGGCUUUGCUGUUUUUCGCGUGGACAUUCGAGCGCGUGCCUUUCGCCGUGAAAAUCUCCGGAGUGUUCCUUUUGAAGCUCGGCGGAGUCGUCGCCAGUCCCCUCUUUGUUUUCCUCGUCUCUAACGUCAUCAUCGUUACCCUCAUUGCCAAGUCCGGCAUUUUUUCCGCUGUUAACAAUGUUGAUUCCAAAAUCUACGAUGAAAUCAUCAACAAUGCUGAGAAUCGCUCCAAAUCCGAGUGCCAAAAAGAGGUUCUGUAUCAAGACAAAGAGAUCAUCUCUGAAGCGAGCAUAGAUACCUUAAGCAGCGAAGAGACGGAGCCGGAGCCGGAACCGGACUCUGAGUUUGAGAUGGAUUAUCCAAGAGUGUAUAGAAGGAGUAAGUCGGAGAAGUUGGCGAUAAGAAAGAGUGGGGAGGAAGUGACGAGGGAACUACGACGAUCCGAGACAGAAAAGUGCCGGAAAGUUGAAAAUAUGGACGGGGAAUUAGUUCCAGAAGACGAGUUGAGCAACGAAGAGUUUCAACGAACGAUCGAAGAUUUCAUCGCGAAGCAGUUGAGGUUUCGCCGAGAAGAAUCUCUGUCUAUUGUUUUUCCCUGUUCAAACCCAAACCUGAAAAAUAACUUCCCUUUGCAGUAA